GCGGCGCCGGCGUCCGGGGCCGCGGAGGCGGCGCCGAGCGCGCCGGCGGUGCCCACCGAGGAGAGGGAGGAGAAGAGGAAGAAGAAGAAGUCGAGGCUCAGGAACAAGGAGAUGGGCGAGGGCGAGGGCGCCACGUCGUCCUCGAGCGAGGAGGACGACAAGAAG